GAAGUUGUAUCCUAACGCUGUGUUUGUGUUUCCGCGCAGCUGAAAAAGUCAAACCGGUGAUUAUUUUCAAGCAAAGCCUCACAGUUUUCAGCUGAGGAGGGCAGGAGUCGCUGUCUGUUCAUCACGGGAUCUUGAAGAAGAAGCACCAUGAUGGUCCCCAUAUUCACCCUGAAGCUGAACCAUAAGAUCAACCCCCGCAUGGUGGCUGUGGGGAGGUUUGAUGGGGUUCACCCCUGUCUGACUGCAGCUACUCAAGCUGGGAAGGUUUUCAUCCACAACCCUCACGUUCGCGCUCACAGACCGGCGUCUCACCGGCUGAGCCAGAGCACCCAGGACUCGGACAUCUCCCUCCUGAACAUCAACCAGGCAGUGACCUGUCUGACAGCAGGACCGCUGGGACCCAACACCGCUGGGGACACGCUGCUGGUGGGCUCCCAGACCAACCUGCUGGCCUACGACGUCCACGACAACACAGAUAUAUUUUACAGAGAGGUGACAGAUGGAGCCAACGCCAUCGUGUUGGGAAGACUUGGGGACAUCCCAUCUCCUCUGGCCAUCAUCGGGGGGAACUGUGCUCUGCAGGGCUUCAACUCCGAGGGAAACGAUCAGUUCUGGACAGUAACUGGAGAUAAUGUCAGGUCUCUGAUGCUCUGUGACUUCACUGGAGACGGGAAGAACGAGCUGCUGGUGGGCUCUGAGGACUUUGACAUCAGGGUCUUCAGAGAGGACGAGCUGGUUUCAGAGAUGACUGAAAACGAGACGGUGACGUCAUUGUGUCACAUGCACGGCAGCAGGUUUGGCUACGCGCUGGCUAACGGUACGGUCGGAGUCUACGACCGCACGGCUCGCUACUGGAGGAUCAAGUCUAAGAACCACGCCAUGAGCAUCCACGCCUUCGACCUGAACGCUGACGGCGUGGUAGAGCUCAUCACCGGCUGGUCCAACGGAAAGAUCGACGCCCGGAGCGACCGCACGGGCGAGGUCAUCUUCAAGGACAACUUCUCGUCUGCUGUCGCCGGCGUGGUGGAGGGGGACUACAGGUGCGACGGGCAGAAACAGCUGAUCUGCGCCUCCACGGAGGGAGAGGUUCGGGGUUACCUGCCUGCCAGCAAGGACCUGAAGGGGAACCUGAUGGACUCCAGCGCCGAGCAGGACCUGGUCCGAGAGCUCAGCCAGCGCCGGCAGAACCUGCUGCUGGAGCUGCGUAACUACGAGGAAAACGCAAAGGGUGUACCUCAGACAAACAGUGGGAUGGGGGUCAUACCUGCCAACACUCAGCUGCAGACCACGCUGUCCGUCAGACCUGCUACAGAAGCCCAGAAGGCUCACGUAGAGCUCAACAUUUCAACACCAAAUGAAACUAUCAUCCGAGCCGUCCUCAUCUUCGCUGAGGGAAUAUUUGAGGGGGAAAGUCACGUCAUACACCCCAGUGUCCAGAACCUGUCGGGCUGCGUCCGCGUCCCCAUCAUCCCCCCUAAAGACAUCCCGGUGGACCUGCACAUCAAAGCCUUCGUUGGAGGGAAAACUAGCACGCAGUUCCAUGUGUUUGAAAUCACACGCCAGCUGCCCAGGUUCUCCAUGUACGAGCUAACGGACGAGUCCUCCGCCCCUCCACCCACAGGAAGAGUGUCCUUCAGCAUCAACGAGCGGCCGCAGAGGGUGGUGAUGUGGCUGAACCAGAACUUCCUUCUUCCAGAGGGAGUCGAGAGUCCAAACGUCACCUUCAUGUCCCUCAGAGGAAGUGGAUUAAUGUCCUUUAAUAUGUCCACUAAUGGACAGGUCACCCUGAGGACAGAUGACUUGGACCUUGCAGGAGACCUGGUCCAGUCCCUGGCCUCCUUCCUGGCGAUAGAGGACCUGACAGCAGAAGCAGAUUUCCCUGCGUACUUCGAGGAGCUGCGCUCCACUCUCACUGAGGUGGACGAGUUCCACUCCGUCCAUCAGAAGCUAACGGCAGAAAUGGCCGACCACUCCAACUACAUCAGGAACAUGUUGGUCCAAGCCGAGGACGCCCGCCUGAUGAGCGACAUGACCACCAUGAAGAAGCGCUACAGAGAACUGUACGAUCUGAACCGGGACCUCAUCAACGAGUAUAAGAUCCGGUCCAACAACCACAACGCUCUUCUGGUCCGUCUGAAGUUUGUGAACCAGGCGAUCCAGAAGGCCGGCAGACUGCGAGUGGGAAAACCCAAGAACCAGGUGGUCUCUGCCUGCAGGGACGCCAUCAAGACCAACAACAUCAACACCCUGUUCAGGGUCAUGAGGGCCGGAGCCGCUUCCUGCUGAACCUACAGGGACCUGGACUGGAACUGAGCAGGGACUUUGUCACUUGGACUAGGGCAGCAGAACGAGUUCUUCGUGUGAAGGACCUGAAGCUGGUCCAGAUGGUUCUGACCCAUCAGACCUUUGUUCCGUUUGUAGAUUUUAAACCUGAAGACUUGAACUUAUAUUUUUAGCUGAUUGUGAUUUUUAUUAAAUAAAGUUUUAAAUGUUG